AAAUGAAAAGAGUGAGACAGAUUCAUGUAAUGAAUAAAAUAUUCUUCUGCGGAAAUUGUUCAAUCUUGUACUUUUAAAGCUUCCCUCGGCUUCAGCAUCUAUUAGAACUUUCUUCAGAUGUCUUUCUUUUUCACUUAUGGUUUUCUUCCUCUUGCCUUGUAUUUGCCUUGCCUGCAUCCCCUUAUUGAAUUCCAAGUGGGACUUAGUCAUCCUAUUGAUACGUCAGCCAAGACCUCAAGAUUUCUAUCAAAUCAUUUCAUAAAAUUGCACCACGUGGAUAUGAUUUCUUUAUCUCUAGACAUCUUAAUUAGUCUCCAUUGGCUCUUCCUUGUGCUCGCACGCUAAAUGCGUGUCAAAUGCGACGUCUACAUGGACCGCGUCUUACGUUGGAAAAUGUUCGCGGUUGUCGGUACUAGACGUAGCGUAGAAGAAAUCAUCAAUUAUACCAAUCUCAUUGUGGACGUAACGUUCCAAAAACUCUUUUUUCUGUCUAAUAUUCAGCAAAAGCUAAGCUUAUCCAUGAGAGGAUGGGAGCUAUCUGAAAUUCUUGACUUCGAUGGCGGUUUCCUGUAAGUCAAUCUAAUCUAUCUAUUCCUCUCCAUACGCUUACAAAUAUCAAUUCGUCCUCGGCCCUUUCCUCACAAGAUACAAACCAUCCUCUCCCACCAUCUUCCAAUGGACUUCUGAAAGCUCUUCUCCUAUUUCCUUCUCUUCACACCUCUCCUUGCUCUCCUCUUUCCAAUGGCCACUGCUGAAAACUCUAACCUCUUUAGAGAAUACAUAGGGGCUCAAGACAAGGGAGUCAAGUUCACUGAUGUGCCCAUCAACUCUAAUGUCCAGUUCCACUUCAUCCUUGCCUUCGCCAUAGACUACACCACUUCCAACCCCCCCUCCCCCACCAAUGGCCAAUUCAACGUCUUCUGGGACACCGUCAAUCUCUCCCCUUCUGCAGUCGCCUCCAUCAAACAAAGUCACAGCAACGUGAAGGUUGCUCUUAGCCUCGGUGGGUACAGCGUCGGCGAUAUUCCUGCCACCUUCCAUCCUACAUCUACAGACUCUUGGGUUAGCAACGCAGUCUCUUCACUCACCAGCAUCAUUCAGCAAUACCAUCUUGAUGGUAUCGAUAUCGACUACGAAAACUUCAUUUCCAGUGCCAAUGCAGACACCUUUGCGGAAUGCAUUGGAAGGCUUAUCACGACGUUGAAGAACAAUGGAGUGAUAAAGUUUGCUUCGAUAGCUCCAUACGAAGAUGAGCCACUCCAGACCUAUUACAAAGCUUUGUGGGCGAAGUACUCCAAUGUUAUAGACUACGUGAACUUCCAAUUCUAUGGGUAUCCUAAAAGCACGACGGUAUCGCAAUUUUUAGGCUAUUAUGAUACUCAGAGCUCCAAUUAUCAAGGAGGGAAAAUACUGACCAGUUUGAUUUCUGACGAUAGCAAAGGACUGACUCCAGAAAAUGGCUUCUUUGAUGCUUGUCAGACGCUGCAGAAUCAGGGAAGACUUUUUGGCAUCUUCAUAUGGUCUGCUGAUAGCUCCAAAGCCAAGGGCUCCUUUCAGUAUGAGACGCAAGCACAGGCUCUGUUGGCUAAUGCUUAGCUCUUGUAUUAAGAUCCAAGAUUUCAGAAAGUGUUGAUCAAUAAGGAUAGUGGUCUAGUUAAGUAGUUAUCGACAAUAAACAAGAUGGAUCAUAAACUGGGCUGUAGCCUGGCUGUUCCACCUUUCUUUGAUUUGGAUGAACAGUGUACUUGGCAUACAAAUAAAUAUAAAUCCAUAUAAAAGCCUGUUUGGUAUUUUCUUUUUGUA